UUUUUUAAAACAGUAAAAUGCUAAGGUAAAGUAUUAUGAUGUUAAACAGUUUUGAAUGUCAUAUGCAUCAAAAAAUAUAAAUAGUUUUUUUUUUUUAUUACAUUUAAGACCCAUUCACACAGAAGUGUUGUGCUGUGUACAGGGGCAGACUGACCAUUUGGAAACUCGGGCGCUGCCCGAGGGCCCGGGGUCAGUAGGGGGCCCUAUGAGAUGCCCCUGGUACCUUUUUCAUAGGCUUUUUUGAGUUUGGGCAAGGACACAGGGGCCCCAUGAUCCCCUAUUGCCCGGGGGCCCCAUGAGUUGUCAGUCCGCCCCUGGCUGUGUA